AUGUUCGCUGCGGCGACUAAGAACUUUGUGAAGCAGGUGGGAGACACAGGUCGGCUGAUCCCCGUACCGAGCCUGAGUGAGGCUGACCGCUACCAACCCCUCAGCCUGGUCACCAGGAAGAGGAAAAGACACUUCUGGAAGAAAACCAAGUACGCCUCAACCCCCUUCUCCCUGAAAGACAUCCUGGUGGGGGAGAAGGAGAUCACUGCUGGGGUGUCGUCGUACCAGCUCCUGAACUAUGAGGACAAGUCUGACGUGGCCCUGAACGGCAGGUUAGGGAACCACCUGAUGAACGACGUGGGGUUCAACAUCAGUGGUUCAGACUCUGUGGCCGUCAAAGCCUCCUUUGGGAUCGUCACCAAACACGAGGUGGAGGUCCCAACUCUACUCAGGGAACUCAACUCCAGGAAAGUGGAUCUGGAUCACUGUUUGAUUCGUCAGUCCAAAGAAAGUGGGCGGAGCGUUCUCUGCGUUGUCAUGGAGAGCAUCCGCACGACGCGUCAGUGUUCUCUCACUGUCCACGCAGGCAUGAGACGGACGACUAUGAGGUUUCAGAUUGAUGAUGGUCGAAACCCCAAAGGUCGAGACAAGGCCAUAGUGAUCCCAGCUCACACCACCAUCGCAUUUAGCAUCUUUGAACUGUUUGUUCGAUUGGAUGGACGACUUGACGACAGGACGUUUGAGGAGCUCACCCACACCCACUCAGACACCUACAUGGACGACGUAGUGACAGACUACUACGAAAAGGCAGCCAGCAUGACGGACGUCUCCACCACCUACCUGAGAGGGGACUCCCACUCCCGCGUCAACCUCCUCAACCACAACAUCCCCAAGGGCCCCUGUGCCCUGUGUGGCCGGGGCCAGACGCCGAGGGAGACGGUCUACGGCUGUCUGGAGUGCUCCUCCGGCGGGCACAAGUACGUCAGGCUACACGUGGUGCCCUGCUUCGACCUGUGGCACAAGACACUCAGGUGA